UCGGUUCCGGUUAAGAUUUUCCCUCGACUUGUUUCGAGCAUAACUGUUUGUUAGGUGGCGGGAGUCGAUUUUGGGUAGAUUUUUUGGCGAUUCCGGCUCCUGGAGGGGGAGACACGCCGGAAGUGAAAAGACUGCAAGCUUAAGCGGGUGGUUGGCCAAUUGAAGAAAGGCGGAUUUCGUGACUGGCUUUUUGUAGUGUCACCCCACGAACCGUCUCUCUCACCUGCUUAACUUGAGGUGGAUGGUGGCUUUCGUUUUUUGGUGGCUCCAGAAGGAAUACGACACGAGGAUAUAACAGCGGUUGGUUAGUGGUUUGGUGUGUGGGAAACUCACAGCAUUGAGACAUCCCACAGAGGGACUGUGGAGUGGAGUGGAUUUACGGCAGUGUGGGAGGAGGUUGCUAUUGCUAUUGGAUUUCAAUCCUUGUGAACGCGGGAAUUCGAGAAGUACCGGCAAGCGUAAAAUAGACCAAUUUUUGGCAGUGGAAAUUGAGUGAGAAGAAGAUCAUUUCGUGUAUUUGGUGUGUAAAAUUUUGCUUGCGGGGAGUUUUCCAUCAAUACAUUUUCGGGCUGAUUGGAGCGGUUUUGCCAGAGGAACGGAACCGAGGAAACGGAAGUUCUUGAAUGGAUGAAGAAACCAUGAAGAGGUCGAAAGACUGAUUCACACGAAGUGGAGCUAUUGAUUUCUGAUCCUUUAUAGCCUUCGUCUAGAAAGUUCUUGGUAUACUUUGUCUGAGAUUAUUAAAUUGUGAGCUUCGGGUUCGACGAAAAGUUGAAUGAAGUCAACCGUUUGCCAGCUUAAGGAAAGUGCUCGAAUUUUUUGCGGUUAAGAGUUUUUGAAGUAACAACCAUUUGGUGUGUGUGUAAUUUUGUCGUGAUUUUAAAGAAAAUGACCUGAGCUUAAGAUCUUCUGAAGAUUUUGGUUAGUGGCUCCAUAGAACGAUGAGUCCUUAUCCCCAUAAAUUCUGAUUAGGUACGUGAAGCGUUCGUUUUAAGAAAAGUGUACCCUAAGGCAUAUCGUGUAUUUUUGUUCUAGUGUAUGAGCCCUCGUUUGAAUAAAAUAUUUUUGAGUGAAGGGAUCCGAAUCGCCCCUGUAAAGUGCUUCCACCAAUUUCCCAAAAAUAACAAAAAAUACAUAAAAACAACCCGGCUGCCAUCAUUCGGCUGCCUGCCAAUCGUAUGAACGUUGCUACUCACGUGUGCACGUGUACGCUCUGUUUGUGUUUAAUCUCAUAAAAUUGUAAUAACGGGGCGCGCAAAAUGAAAUUUACACGCUGAGUCAGUAAGAAAACACCGUUUCGCUCGUACGACGACGUUCAUCCCUCUCGAUUUUGAUCUUUUUUCGCGUGCAAAUCCCUGAACCAAAAAUAGCAACACACACAGCUGAGAACUAGUGCGCAAAGGGUAAAAAGGUGAUUACUUUCCCACCUUCAAGCCCCCCAGUUCUACCGUUAGCAGAAUUUCUUUCGCUCAACUUUGCCUCAAACUUUGCCGGAUGAUUAAUGGAUGGAUCGCAUUGCUGGGUGCAAUUUACCAGACGCUUUCGAGAUCCUCUGAAUCUCCUUUCUGGUCUAGUGGUUGUUCUGUAGUCCUACAUAUAUAGGUGGGAAAGCACAAUUCUUUUUGGCUAAUAACAAAAGGAACCAGAACCCGACAAAAAUCGACCAACUCAUACAGCGAAUAAGCCGAGGGAGUGAGUGAGCAUUGAGUUUAAUGCCUCGGCGAGUUCAGCCGGCGAGUCAGUGAAACAACGACGAUUCACCUCAAGGAUUUAAACAGCAUUGAACAAACUCGACGUUUGAAUCGUUGCGCUACAGCAAAAGGCGGCCCAGCAGAAGGGAAGGCAAAAUUUGCAUUAAAUAUACCAAGCAAACUGAGGCCGUUCCGGAGGAUUAAACUAAAAGCACCAUGUGGAUAUACACCAUCGUAAGCCUUGUACUGAGCAGGAUAUUGGACAUAACAGCCUUCUCCAUAAACACAGAUAAUCAGCUUUUCAGUUCACACAUAGACUUGAGUUAUGGUAGCUGUACGGUGGGGAAUACGACAUACCUCCACGGAGAAACAUUCAAAUUGGAUUGUCGAACACAAUGCGUUUGUCAGAAUGGAAGGCACGCGUGUUCGACCCUGUGUCCGCACGAGAAUCUUCCGCCGCCGAACGAUACGGCCAUCUGCGUGGGACCGCGGCUGGUCCAGCUGCCAGAUCAUUGCUGCCGGGUAUGGCUCUGCGAGCAGCCAGCUACUGACGUGAAUGCAACUUGCUACAACUCCUCCACCACGCUGUGGUCGCCCUGUUCGCAAAGCUGCGGCAUCGGCAUCUCGACCCGGAACAUCACGACGACUCCCGGAUGUCAGAGGUUGAGCACGGUGCGGCUUUGCGAGAACCACAGAUGCGAAAACCGCCGGGACUACUUUGGCAAUAACAAUAACAACAACAACAAUAAUAAUAAUAACUACUUCUACAAUAGCUACUACUACCAGCAGCAAUCGGAUCAGCUGCAGCAGUCGGCAGUGGCACAAUUUCAGUCCCAGUACGGCGAUUAUGGGCCACUGGGUCCCAUCGGGUUGGCGGAAGACCCGGAGGAGAUGGCGGCUGCGGUUUCCGGAAGCACUGGAAGCAGCAACAAACGUCGACAGCAACAGAGGCACCAGGGAGGACGCAGCUAUCCGGUGGCCAAUGAUUUGCUGAUGCUGGGCGAACCAGAACACCGCAGACGGAAAGGACACGAGUGCCGAAGCAUUCAACGGACGUCCUCAUCCCGGUUGCGGUUGGGUCCCUGUGUUUCCCGGAAACUGUACCGGCCAAAAACUUGCGGCCACUGUCAGGAUCGCAACAUGUGCUGUGUGCCUUCAAUAACCACAACUAUCCAGGUGGAGCUGCUGUGUCCGCUCAAUUCGGGGGACCCGUUCGAGUUCAUCGAACACGGCUACGACCUGUGGGACAGUGCCUCGAUCGAUCCCCUGGACCAGGAGAUGCUCCAAUCUCGUCAAAUCCAAAUCGAAAACAAGUUUGUCGAUGUCCAGUGGGUUCUGAAGUGCGAAUGUGGCCUCAAGAGCAAAAAUUGUCAUCCUCGAAAGUCGGUUGACCCAUCAAUCAGCACCACGAACAGCACCAGAAGCGCCAUCAGUCGGUCGCCAUCAUCAGAGGAGGAUGAGAUUACGUCGUCGACGCCCACCAGCCCACCACCCACAGCAGAGAGAAGGAUGGCACUGGCGGCGCCGGAACCGGAAGAGCGGAACUGGUGGGAUCACGUGGACCAACAUCACCGCAGCCACCACCAUCAGCACAGACGCCAGAAACAUCGCCAGCGGAAAUCCCAUCAGCAGCAACAAUUCGACCGGGGUAGCGAACUUUUGAAGCGUGUUCAUCGAACAUAAUAAAUUGU